AUACACCCACUUAUCCCCCACACAAAAACACAACAUAACAUAUAUUCUGUUAUUGCUCUCCCUUUUAUUUCUCAUCAUAACUCAUUCAAUCAUAAUCAAACCAAAACCCCACCAAAUUAACCCAAAACAUAAAAUUAAUAAAACAAAAAAAAAAAUUAAUCUUUUUUGGGUAAUAAUCCCAUUUAUAUAUCCUCUGUAUUCCCAUUUUUCUAUCAAACAUUCUUGUGCCUCAAGAUUUCUCAUUCUCUUUAUAAUUAAAAACCCAUUUAUACUUCCUUUUUUUCUUUCCAAAUUCAUAAUCAAACUGAAAAAUGAGAAAUAAUAACAAUAACCCGGAUGAUGAUCAUGAUCAUGAUCAUAAUAAUGUUAAAGAAAUAGUAGAUCAAAAAGUGUUAUUCUAUAAACUAUUUAGUUUCGCAGAUUCAGUGGAUAUAAUUUUGAUGAUUGUUGGGAGUAUUUCUGCCAUAGCUAAUGGAGUUGCUCAGCCAUUAAUGACUCUUGUUUUGGGUCAGAUUAUCAACUCUUUUGGUUCUUCUGAUCCUAAACAUGUCGUUCAUGAUGUUUCCCAGGUGUCUUUGAGGUUCUUAUACUUGGCUAUAUAUACUGGCAUAGCUUGCUUCUUACAGGUAUCAUGUUGGAUAGUAACUGGAGAACGGCAAGCAGCACGAAUUCGAGGCCUUUACUUGAAGACAAUUCUGAGACAAGAUAUAGCAUUCUUUGACACUGAAACAACUACAGGUGAAGUAAUCAGUAGGAUGUCAGGGGAUACUGUUCUUAUUCAGGAUGCCAUGGGGGAGAAAGUUGGUAAGUUCAUUCAGUUAAUGGCUACCUUUGUUGGAGGAUUUGCCAUUGCCUUUAUAAGAGGAUGGCUUUUGGCCUUAGUUUUGCUAUCUUGCAUCCCUGCACUUGUUAUUUCGGGUGCAAUUAUGGCAAUGCUGAUGAUGAAAAUGUCGAGUCGUGCUCAAAUUGCCUAUGCUGAGGCCGGAAAUGUUGUGGAGCAGACCGUCGGAGCUAUCAGAACUGUUGCAUCAUUUACUGGUGAAAAAGAUGCAUUAAGAAAGUAUGAUAACAAGAUUUUGAUUGCAUAUAAAGCUGCUGUUAAACAAGGGCUAGCAUCAGGAUUAGGACUUGGGGCAUUAAUAUUCAUUAUUUUGUCUACAUAUGCUCUUGCUGUAUGGUAUGGAUCUAGACUGAUCAUGGAAAAGAAUUACAAUGGUGGGCAAGUCCUCAAUGUAAUCAUGGCCAUGAUGACUGGCGGAAUGUCACUAGGACAGACAUCUCCAUGUCUGAAUGCAUUUGCUGCAGGGCAAUCAGCAGCAUACAAGAUGUUUGAAGCAAUACAUAGAAAACCGAAGAUAGAUGCAUCCAGCACUGAAGGAAAUGUGUUGGAAGAUAUCAAGGGUGACAUUGAGCUAAAAGAUGUGUAUUUUAGGUACCCAGCAAGGCCUGAUGUGCAGAUAUUUUCCGGGUUUAGCUUAAGUAUUUCUAGUGGAACAACCGUUGCUCUAGUUGGACAGAGCGGAAGUGGGAAAUCUACAGUCGUUAGCCUAAUAGAACGAUUCUAUGAUCCUGAUUCGGGUGCAGUUCUCAUCGAUGGAAUCGACUUGAAGCAGCUUCAGUUAGCUUGGAUCAGACAGAAAAUUGGAUUAGUGAGCCAGGAACCUGUGCUCUUUACUACUACAUUAAAAGAAAACAUAGCAUACGGAAAGGAAGGUGCUACUGAUUAUGAAAUUAGGACUGCUAUUGAGCUUGCCAAUGCUGCAAAGUUCAUUGACAAGCUCCCAAAGGGUUUGAACACAAUGGUAGGGGAAAGAGGAACACAACUUUCUGGUGGUCAAAAACAAAGAAUAGCCAUUGCUCGGGCUAUUCUUAAGGACCCCAGGAUUCUCUUACUUGACGAGGCUACUAGUGCCCUCGAUGCAGAAUCUGAACGCAUUGUGCAAGAUGCACUUGACAGGAUUAUGACGGAUAGGACUACUGUCAUUGUGGCACAUCGUUUAACUACCAUCAAGAAUGCUGAUAUGAUCGCUGUUGUUCAUCAAGGAACAAUCAUAGAGAAAGGUUCUCAUGAGGAGUUGAUCAAAGACCCGGAAGGGGGUUACUCGCAACUCGUGAGACUUCAAGAAGGCGCCAGAGAACAAGAAGCUGCUUUAAUGGAUCCCAACAAUCUCGAAAUGAGUCCAAAUCUCGAGAGGACCAUGAGCAGAUCAGCAAGUCAGAGGUAUUCAAUGAAGAGAUCAAGGAGUAGGGGAUCUUCUAGUGGUAGACACUCCAUUUCGAUCAGUUUUAGUGUCCCGGGUCAUGUAAACAUUCAAGAAACUAACGAAGGGGAUCCUUACGAUGACAAUGAAGACGUUUAUGAGAAAACAGAAGGGCCCGAGGAAGAGGGAAAACGAGAGAAAAGUAGAAGUGUUUCAUUGAGACGAUUGGCUUACUUGAAUAAGCCAGAAUUACCUAUUCUACUGCUUGGAAGUUUAGCUGCUUCAAUACAUGGGAUCAUCUUUCCCUUGUUUGGAUAUCUUAUAUCCUCUGCCAUCAAAGUAUUCUACGAACCAGCGCAUUUGCUUCGCAAGGAUUCUAAAAAAUGGGCACUUAUUUACGUGCUUUUGGGCGCUGUUAGUUUUAUAGCAAUACCCGUCCAGAACUUCCUUUUCGCAGUUGCAGGAGGGAAAUUGAUUCGAAGGAUUCGUAACAUGACAUUUGAGAAAGUUGUCCACCAAGAAAUUAAAUGGUUUGAUGAACCUGCAAAUGCAAGUGGAGCUAUAGGCGCAAGGUUAGCGACAGAUGCUGUUAAUGUCAAGAGCCUUGUAGGGGAUCAGCUGGCGCUUGUUGUGCAGAAUAUUGCAACAGUGAUAGCUGGUCUUAUAAUAGCUUUUACUGCAAAUUGGAUUCUAGCACUCAUUAUUCUUGGUGUGGCACCAAUUAUGUUUGCCCAGGGCUAUUUUCAAGGCAAAUUUAUGAAGGGAUUCAGUGGAGACGCAAAGCUAAUGUAUGAAGAAGCAAGCCAAGUCGCAAAUGAUGCAGUCGGAAGUAUCAGAACAGUAGCAUCCUUCUGUGCAGAGAAAAAGGUGAUGGAUUUGUACGAGAAGAAAUGUGAAGGUCCUGUAAAAAGUGGUGUUCGUUUAGGACUUUUAAGUGGUUUAGGGUUUGGUUUUUCGUUCCUUGCCCUUUAUUGCACUAACGCGUUCUGUUUCUUCAUCGGAGCCAUCCUAAUUCAUCACGGAAAAGCUACAUUUGCAGAAGUUUUCAAGGUUUUCUUUGCAUUAACAAUCUCAGCAGUUGGGUUAUCCCAAAGUAGUAGCAUGGCUAUGGACAGGAAUAAAGCUAAGGACUCUGCUGUUUCGAUCUUUAAGAUCGUUGAUAGCAAACCUAGCAUCGACUCGAGCAGUGAUCAAGGGGUUACAAUGGCUGGUUUGAAGGGUGAUAUCGAGUUCAGACAUGUUAGUUUCAGAUAUCCAACUCGGCCAGAUAUCCAAAUAUUUUCUGACUUGUCCUUAUUCAUUCCAUCGUCAAAGACUGUUGCACUAGUCGGAGAAAGUGGAAGUGGAAAAUCGACAGUUAUCAGCAUGAUCGAAAGGUUCUAUGAACCCGACAAAGGUCAAGUAUUCCUAGACGGAAUAGAACUUCAGAACGUCAAGCUAAGUUGGUUAAGACAGCAAAUGGGACUAGUAAGCCAAGAGCCAAUACUCUUCAACGAGACCAUACGUGCCAAUAUAGCUUACGGGAAGCAAGGAGAUGCAACCGAGAAUGAGAUUAUCGAAGCUGCAAAUGCUGCGAAUGCACACAACUUCAUCUCGGGACUUCCUCAAGGCUAUGAUACCUCGGUAGGGGAGAGAGGCGUGCAGUUAUCAGGCGGGCAGAAGCAAAGAAUAGCCAUUGCACGGGCCAUUCUAAAGAAUCCGAAAAUUCUUUUGCUUGAUGAAGCCACUAGUGCUCUUGACGCAGAGUCUGAACGAAUCGUGCAAGAUGCAUUAGACAGUGUGAUGGUACACCGGACUACAGUGGUUGUCGCUCAUCGGUUAGUCACCAUAAAGAAUGCUGAUAUCAUUGCUGUGGUCAAGAAUGGAGUGAUUGCAGAGAAGGGUAAGCAUGAUGAGUUGAUGAAGAUACCUAAUGGAGCUUAUGCUUCUCUUGUUGCACUUCAUGCUAGUGCUGCUUCCACAGCUUCAUAGUACUUAUCUAGUCAGAAUGAUCAGUUUGAAAAAGUUUUUGUAAACAUUAGAAAGCUAUAUGGAGUAUAAAUGGCAAAGAUCAUGUACUUCUGAUUCAGACGUAUGAGAUAUAUAACACGAUUUUUUUUGUCAACUCUAAUUUUUUCAUGUGUAUAUUUGACGAGUUACACCCUCCAUCCUAUUGAGAUUGCUACACUGCAUUUCAUACAAUGUGAGAAAUUUGGAGUAAUGUAGUAAUCUUGGUGGACAAA